AUGCCGAGCGGGACGUCAGCCCAUCAUCGCCAUGCGACUCCGAAGCUCACUGUGCCAGAGCGGCCGCAUGGGCGUAAGGAGGCGCCCCCGCAGGUGAUACCUAUGACCAAUGUUCUGCCAGGGGACAGUCCCUUCGUCACGUGGUACCAAUUCCAGUCCGCUAUAAGUGUGAUAAGAACUGUUAUAGGGAGGACCGUGGAAUCCAGCGCAACAAUUCCCACACUACCAGAAGACAGCAGCACUAUGCAGGCCUUUCUGCUGCGCAUUGAGCGCCGGUACACCCAGAUGGGAUUGGAACCGCGCGAGUGGGGAAAUGCACGUAUAGACCACCUUGUGGGCCCGGCUCUAACGUAUUGGAUGUAUCUACAGAGAACUAUCGACCUAAGCGAUUGGGCGACACUACAGCGCAGGCUUUUUGAGCGGUUUGACAAAACAAUGUCGCAGAGUAAAUUGUUAACAGAGUUGGCUAAAGUACGGUGGAGUGGUAACCCGAAAGAAUACACGUACCGGUUUGCGGCUGUAGCGGAGCGUGGUUUGGGCGUUGCCCCCGACGAACUCGCUGACUAUUACUGUACCGGGCUACCGACGGACCUCCAUCUUCUAAUAACCAAUAACGGGCAAGUGAAAUAUCAGUCGUGGGAACAAGCGGCGACAGCCGCAGCACGGCUCUACGAGCCCAAGCAGAGUCGACAGGCCCGAAUGCCAUUCCAGUCUCCCUUGAGUGAGGAAACCAACACCUCAGCACAGCGGAAAGAACUUCUACGAGCGAUGGGCACGCGGAAGGGACUCAGCCGCUUUCGGAAACGCGGCGGGAGUCUGGGUCAGCAUCGAUCCCGAGUGAAGAGACUCCGGAAGCGACGACGGAUAGCAGCAGGAAGUCUGCUGAGGCAACAGAAGACGGCUAUAGGUCAGACGCGACAGAGAUUGUGCCACACUGGUGGAGGGAGACUUGCACCAAAGAGUCUUGCGACCAAGGAGGAGCGUUGUGUUGUGUGGGAGCGAAGGCGGUACUUCGCGCUGAGCUCGCAGGGAGUCCUUGUGAGGCCCUCUUGUACACUGGGGCUUCGGGAAGUCUCAUUAGUCCUAAAACAGUCGAACGACUGCAGCUGA